AUGUUUAAAAAAACACUAGCCUCAAUAAUUCUUAUUUUAAUAUUUAUAAUAAGCCAGGCCCAAGGAAAAAAUAAUGAUAUAAGCUCAUUAAUAUCAAAUUUAGUUUCAAAAUAUAUGACGAAGGAGGAGUUCUUGAAUGAAUGUAGGAAAGAUUUACCGAAAUAUAGAUCAAAUCUGACAGAAAUCCAAGUCUAUUUUUUGUGUCUAAGGGCACUGAGAUCUUCAUUAGAUAGCAUAUACAAAAGUCCGGUAGGGAAACUCUUAAAUUCGGAUUCAGUACCCAAAGAGGUUGUUGAACAUAAAAAUGAGAAUAUCGAGGGUUAUCGGAAACUCUUAGAUGACGUUUCGAAUAUUUUUUCUAGUGAUGUGUUUUUUGACGAGGAUCUAUUGGAAGCAGAUAAUGGUCUAUUUUCAAAUUCAAUUCAAGCAAUAAUAGAAGCCGAUAAAAGAGAAAUAAGGAGGAAAGAACUUAUAGAAAAGAAAGCAAAAGAAAUUCAAACUGCUGAUGAAAAACUUAGAGAAGAAUAUAGAAGGAAGUUAGAGAAAAAAUAUCCAGAAGCAUAUCAUCCUUUGGCUCUGGAAAUACUUUCAACAAUAUCAGAGGAAGAUAUCAAAUUUUGGAUGAAUCUUCCCGUAAAACUGAAACUACCAGUACUCAACUAUUACUUCUUGUUGGUUGCCACACGAAAUCAAAUUUCUGAAAAAAGAGACAGACAUAAAAUAUUUACUGAAGCAAUUUUAUCCACAAUAAUUAGUAAAAAUACAAUAGUAAUUCCCAAAUACAUGACUUUACAAGAUAUAAGGUAUGAGAUUUGCAAACUUGGGGUACUCUAUAAAUUCGGAUGUAAAAUUGCUCCAUUUUCCAUCCUUCUUUCUUUGCCUAGGCAUUCUUUUAAAAUUUGGAAAUCUUUCGGUUUAGUCCUUCAGUUCGAGCUCUUGAUUGCUAUGACUUACAGUAUAGAUCACAAAAUGAAUUUUGAUGAUUGUAGUGAAGAAAUAUUUAAAAUUACGAAAAAGAACAAACUAGGAAAAGAGGAUGAGACCAAAAUUCGAGUUUAUCUUUUACAUUCUUUUCCAGAGGAAGAUUCCAUUCCAAUGAAACACUUUAAAUCUGCUUUAGGUUACCUUCUAGAUACAGCAAUUGAUAAUAAACCGUCCAAAUCAGAUAAUAAAAAACAUCCUUAUUCUAUAACUUAUUCAAAUUAUGAAAAAGUGAAGAGUGAGGAAACUUUUUCAAUUACAAGUAAUAAAACUGAAAGCGAAAAAGAGGAUAACAAAAAGAGUAAAAUUGAAAGUGAAAUCAAUGAUAGAAGCGAAAAUAAAGAGGAAAAGGUUUUUCCCCCUUUUGAGAAAAAAGAAACAAACUUAACUACAGAAAGUGAUACCAUUGAGACUCAAAAUAAUGAAUAUCCACCCACAGAUGUCUAUUCCGGUUCAAAGAAUAACACAGAUAAUAUCCUGGACAUUAUAAAAAGCACAGAAGUAAAAGAAAUCAAAGAAAAUAAUGGUGGCAAGGAUACCGAAAACAACCAAAUUGAUGAAGAAUUUAAUUUGAUGUCGCUAGUGAAUUCUCAAACAAAAACAAGAGAUGCAAAAAUAACCAUAAGAUCAGAACAAAGUAAUGGAUUAAAGAAGAUUAAUGUCGAGGGCCUUAGUAACCUUCCUCAUAAGGAAUACAAUCCAUACUCAAAUGUUGGUAUUGGGCCUACCUUAAUGCACAUUGAAGAAGAGGAUGAGCCUUCUCCAGAUGAAAAAGAAGCUUUUGCUUUAGAUGAUGAAUCUAAUAAUGGUUCAGAAGAAAAUGGAGGUGCUGAAGAUCAAGAGGCUCAAAAUAUAGAAAAUGUAGAUAAUGAUGAAACCCUGAAUGCUGAAGAAUUAGAAAACAAAACAGGUGAGGAUGAUUUAAAUACUAAAGAAAAUAAUACUGAUGAAGGAGAUUCUAGAGAUAGAGAGGAAAAAGAUAUGGAUGUGGAUGAGGGAGAGAAAAAAGAUGAAAACGUUGACAAAGAUUAUCCUGAUAUUAAUGGCCAGGAUGGAAACAAUAAAGAACACACUUUGGACGAUCUAGAUAAGGGAGAUAAUGAUGAAGAAAAUUUGGAUAUACGAGGGACUUUAGAGGGUGAAGAUGAAGGUGACAAUAAAGGAGAAAGAGAUUCUGAUUUGGGAAAUGGUUUGGAAAUUGGGGGAAAUAAAUAUGAUGAUAAAGAUUCUGAUUCUGGUGGAGAUAGAGGUGAUCAUGAAGAAGAAUCAGAUUCUGGAGGUAACCAACAUUUUGGUGAAGAAGGUGGAGAAGAUCUUGAUCAUGAAAAAGAUUCUGACAUAGGGGGAGGCAUUGGAGGUUUUGGAAUGGGGGGUGGUGACGAUAAAGAUGAUGAAGAGGGGGAUUCUGAUUCUGGAGAUAACCGAAAUUUUGGUGCAGAGGGUGAAGAAGAUCUUGAUCAUGAAAAAGAUUCGGAUUUAGGGGGAGGCGUUGGAGAUUUGGGAAUUGGAGGUGGUGGCGAUAAAGAUGAUGAAGAGGGGGACUCUGAUUCUGCAGGAAACGGGAACUUUGGUGCAGAGGGUGAAGAAGAUCUUGAUCAUGAAAAAGAUUCUGACAUAGGGGGAGGCAUUGGAGGUUUUGGAAUUGGAGGUGGUGGCGAUAAAGAUGAUGAAGAGGGGGAUUCUGAUUCUGCAGGAAACAGAAGCUUUGGUGAAGAAGGUAAGGAAGAUCUUGAUCAUGAAAAAGAUUCUGACAUAGGGGGAGGCAUUGGAGGUUUUGGAAUGAGAGUUGGUGGAGAUAGGGAUGACGAAGAGGAGGAUUCUGAUUCUGGAGAUAACAGAAAUUUUGGUGCAGAGGGUGGAGAAGAUCUUGAUCAUGAAAAAGAUUCUGACAUAGGGGGAGGCAUUGGAGGUUUUGGAAUGGGAGAUGGGGAAAAUAAAGAUGACGAGGAGGAAUCGGACUCUGCAGGAAACAGGAACUUUGGUGCAGAGGGUGAAGAAGAUCUUGAUCAUGAAAAAGAUUCCGAUUCUGGUGGAGAUAGAGGUGAUCAUGAAGAAGAAUCAGAUUUUGGAGGUAAUAAGCAUUUUGGAACAUAUGGUGGAGAAGAUCUUGAUCAAGAAAAAGAUUCUGACUUAGGAGGAGGCAAAGAAGAUAGUGAAAAAGAAGAGGGAGGUUUUGAUUUUGAAGAUGACAAACAUCUUGGCACACAUGGUGGAGAAGGUCUUGAUCAUGAAAAAGAUUCGGAUUUAGGGGGUGGCAUUGGUGAUUUUGGAAUGAGAGGUGGCGAAAAUAAAGAUGAUGAAGAGGGGGAUUCUGAUUCUGGAGAUAACAGAAAUUUUGGUGCAGAGGGUAGAGGAGAUUUUGAUCAUGAAAAGGAUUCUGAUUUGGGUGGUUUUGGAGUAGAAAAUGAAAGUGACAAUGAUAACAAGGGCCCCACUUUAGAAGUAGAUUUAGGAAUGGAAGAUUUGGGAGAUGAUAAAUUUAAAGGUGGAUCUUCGUUGAAAGACGCUGCUGAUUUUGAGAUAGGAGAUGACAACAAUUCUAAUUUUGGUAAAGGCACAGGUUUUGAAAUCGGAGGUAAAAGUAAAAGUGAAUAUAAUGACUCUUCUUUCGUGCAUGAUACUGAUAUGAGAGGACAAUUUGAAAAAGAAAAUUUCAGUUUUGAAACGGAAAAAGACGAUUUGAAUUCUCAAGAUUCGGCUCCAGUCGGUAAUAUUGGCCUUAAAGAUGCAGAAACUGUAGAUACUGAUGAAUCUGAUAUAGGUUUAGAAAAAGGAAUUAAUUCAAUGCUUGGAGACAGAGCUGAGAAUUACAAAGAUGAUAAUGAUUUAGAUUCAAACUUCAAAAACCUAGAUAUGCCUAUUGGUAACUCUGGUAAUUCUGAAAUAGUGUCAAAAGAUAAUUUUGAAGGAGGGGAGGAAAAUGAAAUAUUAGCAAGGAGCUCAGGUUUUAACGGUGUUGACAUGACUGGGGAAAUACCUUCAAAAGAACUAGGCUUAGGAGAACAAUAUUUUGAUGGAAGUGGAGGACUUAGAACAGAUGGUGAGCUAGAUUUUGGGAACGAAAAAGAUAUGGAGAAUCUAGAUCAAACUCUUCGAGACUUAAACAAUGAGUUAGAAGGUUUCAAUAGUGAUAGAACUGGAAUUAAUGAUGCAUUCGAAAGUGAAAGAGAUAGAAAGAACAAUAUUGGCAUGAACGAAAUUCUUCGGGGUGAAGAUUUAAAAAACGGAGAUGGAUUUGAACAAAGGAAUGUAAAUAAUGAAAUUAAUAACCUAUUGAAUGAGUUCGAAAAAGGAAAUGAUUUAAGCGAUGGAGAUAGCUACAAUGAACUAGGUAAUAUCAUAGGAGAAGAAGCAACAGAUCUUAAACCAAAAGAAACAACCAGAUUCCUUGAUUCUUUGAUAAAACCUGAUGAAACAGGCAUAGAAGAUAUUGAAACUAAUCCUCUUAAUAAUAAUGACAGCGGGAUUACAAUUUCUGGGUUAGAAUUUGGUGGUGAUAUAGGAAGCCAAAGUUUUGAUAAUAAAAGUAACCCUAAUCUUGUUGAGAUUGAUAGUAAUAUACCUAGAGGGAUGGCUGAAAAUGAAAUUGAUGCAGAACUUGAUACUUUAGGUGAUUUCCGGGCUUCCAACGUUGAUAUUGAUAUAAACCCAAAUGAUGGAUUUGGAAUUCAAGAUAAUAAGAUGGAAGAAGAUUUAGCGGAAUUAGAAAAAUUGGGAGAACAGGGCACUGGAACCACAGGAAUUCAUGCUGAGUUUCCGGAUAAUUCGAUUGAUCAAAAACCUGAACAUUUAAAUGAUGAAUUUAGAAUUUUGGAAGAGCUGGGUGGAGAUGAUUCAAUUGAAGAAGAUGAAUUUGCGUUUUUAGAAAGAUUAGUAAAUGAAAAAAAUAAUAAUAAAAAUUAUGAUUUUGCAAGUACAGUGGAUUCAGAAGAAUUCAUGGAUGAUGAUAAUGAAUAUAAUGAUUUCGAUUUACCAGAUGGCCAUAUUAAUGAUAAAAAGGAGUUUAACUCACAGAUCGAUUUAAAUACACAAGACCAAGUUUUGGAAGAAAUAUACAAGCCUAUGAUUUCAAAUGAUCAUUCAAAUCUUAAAAUUGAUAGUAUCCCUGUGAUUAAAGAUAAUUCUAUAAUGGGAAUAAGUGGUGAUUUUAUAAGAGACCAGGAUGAUCCAAACUCACCAUAUGAAGAAAUUGAUGAUAUUAUUGAUGAUUUGGAGCAGAAAGGCUUCUUUCCUAUCGAAGCCCAAGAAAUUAACACAAUUGAUACAGCCAAAUCCGAUUCUGGUCAAUUAACUGAUGCCUAUAUAAAUAAAAUUUAUUCUGAUUUAAAAGAAAAAGAUGGGAGCCUAACAGAUAUAAGUAUACAGGAUAGUGACUCAAACAUUUAUUUAACCAAAAACAAUGGUAAAAUCAAAGAUCAUACUGAUGAAAUUGGCAACCUUGAUGUUUUAACGGAAGACAAAAUUUUGGACCAAAAUGAUGAAGAGGACUUUGGAUUGAAAGAAAUGUUCAUGGAAAAUGAUUUAGAUAAGAACUUUAGAGAGAGUGAAUUUAUACCCUUUCUAGAUGAAUUACAAAGAGGAAACGGUAUGCUAGAAAAUCAAAAUGUUUCAAUUGAUACUGCAGAUAAAGAGCUCAUUGAUUUGGGUAUAUUCGAUAUGAACACUGAAAACGAAAGUAAUAAGUAUAAUAUAGUAAUGGAAACUGACCCAGAAGAAUCAAUAAAUAUUUUGUUUGAAAAUGAAGAUCAGCACCAACCAAUGAUAAAAAAUGAAGUAAGUUUGGGCACGUUGGAUAUUCUACCAGAAAUUAGUGUAAAAGCGGAAGAAGUUGAUAGUGUUCUUAGUAGCAUGAUCAUUGAUAAAGGAUUGAAUGUAGAUUUAUCUUCCGAUGAAUUGGGCUUAGGCUUUGAUGCACAAGUUAAAAACAAUCAAGAGAAAGAUUUACAAGAUGAUUAUACGGGAAUAUCUGACUUUUUUAAUGAACCAGGUGCUAACUUGGAGAAUAACAAUAUCGAAGGCCCCUUUCAAUUUGGAAUGCUUGAAGAUGGUGGUGGACAAAACAAUGUGAAAUCACAGGAAGAUGAAGAGGACCUAUACCUUGACAUGCUAUUCAGAACUGGAGAAGAGAAAAGUACAGGUAUUGAUAAAAAUGUUAGUGUUAUUUCAUUCGAUCAUCCUAUUAAUAACGAGGAAAUUGGAAGGAGUGAUGAAGAUAUAGACUUGAGCGAAAUUGGUUGGCUUAAUGAGGGUAGUGCUAAAAAUGACGAAAAAAUGGAGGAAACUAAUUCUGUUAUUAAUGAUUUAAAUAAAUUAGUUGGCAUAAAUGAAGUUGAAUUUGUUGAUAAUGAAGAAGAGCAAAUGUUUUUGGAUGAAUUAAUUAAAAAAAAUACUAAUGAAAAUAAAGAUUUGAACUAUUAUGAUGACUUUGAUGAUUUAAGGCUUGAUGAAUUCUUCGAAAAAGAAGUAAAUCUAAACCAAUUUAAUACAGAAAGUGAAAACCGAGGUGAAAUUGAUAUAUCUGGUAUUACUCCUGUUAAAAAAAAAGAUAAAUCUAUACAAGAAUACACAAUUUCAUCUGAAGAUCUUGAUUUUCUGUAUAAACAAUCCGAAGAAUAUUUGAGUCGAAGUUUUAAUAAACAGAAAAUUGACUCUAUCUCAGAUGAUAGUGAAUUUCUUGACUCUGACAUGUUCAUUAACGAAGGAAACCAAUUUAAAAAGUCAACUUUAAUCAAACUCAAUAAUUCGGACCCAAACGAUGUGGAGCUUGAAAAAAACUCUAAGUUAAUACCUGGCACUGGGAGAAGAAAGGAAGAAGAAAAAGCCCAGGAGCAUUUAAAAAAAAAAAAGAUGCUAAGAGGAGCAUCUUCUGAAGAAGAUAAAGAAAUUAAGUCAACAAACAGAUCACUUGGAACAAUACUAGAAAAGAAGAAACAAGACUCUGAGAAGGAAUGGAUCAUGUCAUUUGCCCCAAAACUCAGACCAGGACGAAUGAAACGCCGUAGAGAUCUCUUCACCCAAGAAGAAAUUGAUCAAGCUAUAAAAGAUGCUCAAAAAGCAUAG